UGUGGCAACCCUGGUAGUCAGUCAAGCGGCCGCUAUAUUAUGUGCUUGUGCUAGUCUUGUGCAGAAGAUAUUAUCGAUAACAGGGACAAUUUUGGCUAUAAAAUCAAUUACGGUUAUUUGAUAUUUUAUCUCUCUAAUUCCUGCUUGCGUAUUCAACGUGUGUUUGAAGUAAAAUGACAGACUAUGGAAAGGAGUUUAUGCUGCUCCUGAUGAAUGAAAAAUGCUACGAUAAGUAUUUCGUAGAUUUCGAUUUCUUCGACGCGGAUUGUUUCAGAUCACUACUUAGCAAAGGCUUAGGCUUGGGAAUAAUUGCUGGAUCAGUGCUCGUCAAAGUUCCUCAAAUAACCAAGAUCCUUGCAAAUAAAUCAGCAGAAGGGAUUAAUUUGUUUAGUGUCUGCCUAGAUCUCUUUGCCAUAACAAUUCACAUGUCGUAUAGCUUUGUGAGCGGAUUUCCGUUCAGUUCCUGGGGCGACACUUCUUUUCUUGCGUUGCAGACGGCGAUUAUCGCUUUUCUAGUUUUACUGUAUGGCGGAGCACCAACCAAAGCACUGGCAUUCACUGGUGCAUAUACAGCGAUUACCUAUAGUUUAAUGGGAGGUUUUACUCCGUUGAACUACCUUCUCAUUGCUCAGGGAUUGAACGUUCCGAUUCUAUUGCUGGGAAAGUUGUCUCAAGCGUACACUAACUAUCGCAACGGAAGCACCGGUCAGCUAUCAGCCGUUACGUGCUUCAUGCUACUGGCUGGAUCCCUCGCCAGAAUCUUCACCUCAAUUCAGGAAACGGGAGAUCAAAUGAUGGUCAUAACAUAUGGAUGCUCGUCGUUUGCGAAUGCGGUCAUCGUGCUACAGCUGCUGUAUUAUUGGAAUGCGGACAAGAGCAAGAAAACUUUCAGUAAAACUAGUGUUCCGAAGAAAGCCACCAAGGCUAAGGCCAAGAAAACUGAUUAAACUUAGACAACAGUUGCAUUGCAGUUACAAAAGACAGGAAAACGACCUAACAAUUAUUCCGAUUAGCAUGAGUACAAAAGCAGACUAGUUGAAUAUGUAGCAACGUUAGAACUACUCAUUGUUCAGUUUGUGAUUUAGAUGUCGUUUCAAUUUUCAAUAGUCUGUAGGUGGUAUAGCAGCUAUUUGGUUAAGGUGACGAGCAAUUAAUAUAUAAAAUGACGCCAUGCGCAGGCGACCAGAAGUAGAUAAUAAAUCUUUUGUAGCGAAUUCCUUUUUAAAUAAUAAUAAAAAGUGGCUAAUGUUGAA